UCCCAAAUUCAAUCUAAUUAUACUAUUCCAUUAAUUCCUCCAUUGUUGCCUUCUGAUACACAUUACUCAUACUCCCACUCUCUUCUUCUUGCCCUAAUUCCCCAAAAUCAAAUUUCAAAUUGCAAUACAUAGGUAGCCAUGGAUAUCGAUUUCAUGAAAUCUGCAUCUGCAUCUGCAUCUGAAGAAGAUGAAAUGGAGAUGAUGUUUAUGCAGAUGGACAAGGAAUUUAUUAGCAGCCACCAAGGAUGUCAUAAUAACAACAGCAUCGAGGAUUCCAUGGCGGCUGUCGUCCUUGAAAAUCUCCAGGGCUCUUCCAAUUCCUCCCCGUCUGCUCCUGCAUUCACGAACCUCCACCACCACUCGAUCUCCUUCUCCGGCGAGACUCACGCGGCGGCGCUCCAGGACGACGAGUUUCAUCAUUCGCCGGAAAAGCGGAACUCGGUGGCGGCGAUUCGGGAGAUGAUUUUCCGGAUAGCGGCGAUGCAGCCGAUCCACAUUGACCCGGAAUCUGUAAAGCCGCCCAAGAGAAGAAACGUGAAGAUCUCGACGGACCCGCAGAGCGUGGCGGCGCGCCACCGCCGGGAAAGGAUAAGCGAGAGGAUCAGAAUUUUGCAGAGACUCGUCCCCGGCGGGACUAAAAUGGACACCGCUUCCAUGCUCGAUGAGGCCAUCCAUUACGUCAAGUUCUUGAAAAACCAGGUCCAAUCACUCGAGCGCGUGGCCCUCAAUCGCCCUCCUCCGCCGCCGCCGCCUGCCGGAAUCUCCGGCGGCUUCCCUGUUCCAAUGUCCGCCGCCGGCAGCUACUUUCCGGCAAAAUAUUUUCCUCAUCAGGCGGAUGGAUGCGUAAAUCCUAAUUUCUAAUUAAUUAUUAAUCAACUGUCAUGUAUCACAAAACAACGUCGUUACCUUCAUCUUCUUCUUUGUUCCGGUGAAAUUAAUUAUUGAACAGUACACACAAAAACGACGUCGUUAUAUUCCUCUUCUUCGUUCAGGUGAAAUGAAUUUGAACAGUACACACAAAACGGCGUCGUAUAUUCAUCAU